GUGGUGAAAGGCCUCAAUGGGGAGAGGUCUUUCGAAUUAAAGAUUAAAUACGAACGUAGCAUCACUUUCACCAUCUUUUCUGUAAGUAACCACUCGAUAACCACUUAUACAAUCAAGCAAUUAUGGCGCUGACAUUGAUAUUAUCUCAGGUAAUCAGCCAACUCUCUGGCGUUAGCUCGUGUUCGACAACGUCUCCAUCAACCAUAUGCUUUCUGUCGCAGACCGCCACAGCUACAACAACCACGGUAGCUUCAACCACCACCAUUGAAUGGAGCAUGCCGUUAGUAAACAGCACCCCAACAAGUGAUUAUACUUCAGAACCGACACUGUAUCAAGAUUGCUCCACAGCAAGCGGCGUGGUUCCUCUACCAAACUACACACCACAGGAUCUCUCUUAUCGCCAUGAAUUGUUAAAAUCAGUUGAAAACGAGGUUGGCCAUCUAUUAUCUGUUGAGAACAUCACCAGCGACAACAGUUUGUCUAUUCAAAGCCGUCUCAAAGAUAUAAACAAAGUGCACAAAAUACCAGGCUGUGUGCUAAAGCUCAGUUAUGAGUUUGCCAAAUUUUCAUACAACUACGGACUCCCAAUGACUAAAAGCACAUGGAGAGCGUUCACAACCGUUGUGAAUUUGGCAUCUGGUGAACAAAUCUUUCAUAAGGGAGAAACCAGGAGAACGGGCAUAAAGAGGCUUGUGAAGUUGCUCGAUAACAAGGUGGCCAGCGAUUACCCGAAAAUCAAAAGGGAGUUUGACCCUUCACUCGCCAAGUUGGAAGUGCUAUUCAAAAAGUCUGGAGUGGCUUCACUAGUAGAAGAGCUUCCAUUAGUCCAGUCUGAUGAUCAAUUCCAACAGCUAAAGAGAGUUAUCGAUGUCACUGGGUACCAUUGUGAAGUCACGGUCAAGGUCUCUGAGCCUGUCAACGGAGAAGCUGGGAUGAACAUCACCAUUGUUGUUGAUGAACUAUCCCCCUUGGAUAACCAGCCACUUAUACGACAUAACAAUUCAUACUUUGUUCCAACGUUUGCGGGAACCAUUGAUGAAGACCUCUUGGAGGAGGCGUUGAAUGGCAUAAUGGAGAAGCUCAUUGAUGGUUUGGAUAACUUUGGAACGAAAGGUGUCAAUUCCCAUAGCUGAAGGCACACCUUCACACGUUGGCCACAUAUGUAUGGUUAUGUAUAAAUAUGUAUACAUAUGUAUCACAAUGCAUCCGUAUCUCUAUAUUUACCCAAAGCAGUAAU